AUUUUCAAAAUGGCAUUUGGUGUCGUACUGCGUUGUUUAUAAUUGCUCCUCGCUGGUUUAGAAAAACUAUUUGAAUCUAAUUAAAGAAACUUAAGAUAUACAUAUCGACUUGAAAUCGACUGAAUAAUGCUGGAGACGAAGAGCAUAGCUGCAUUGGCUUUCACGGAGACGCCGCGCAAGCGCAAAAGGGAGACGCUCUAUAAACAUGCUGACCCGCCCCCGAAUCCGCAGCAACAACCCCCAGAAAAGGACGCACAGGAUGCAGCUGUCGCGUCGACGGAAUCGUGCUUCACCAACGCCGCCUUCAGUUCCACGCCCAAGAAGCUGAUGGUGGCUCGUCGUCGUUUAGCCAAGGAGAAUAGCCAACCCAAUCCGUUUCCCGGCUUGGAGGUCAAGUCCAUAGCCGAUCUUGCCCAGAAGCAGCAGCACCAGCAGCAUCAUCAGCAGCAGCAACAACAGAAGCUUCCCACGAAUCCUUUUGAGGUCCUGCGCCAGCCGCCCAAGAAGAAGAAGCGCGAGCAUGCCUGCUUCGAGAAUCCUGGCCUGAAUUUGGAGCUGCCCGAGAAGCAGUUCAAUCCAUAUGAGGUCGUCCGCUCGGCAGCAACGCCCGCCAAGGGCUUCGUGAAUCCUGCCCUGAAUUUGCGCGGCAGUGAUGCGCCGGCCUCGCUCAAUCCCUUCGAGAUCCAUCGGCCCAGCGAGGCGUCCGAGGCAGCCUGCAAUCCGUCGGGUGUGGCCAAUCCGGCUCUGGCCGAUAGGGAUUCGGAGGAGCAGCUGCCCACCAGCCUGAAGAUCGGCUUGCCAUUCACGCCCACGCUGGGCUGUCGCAUCGAUUUUCACGGCAUGUCGCUGACGCAGCUGACGCCUAGCAAUCUGCUGGCCGAGAAGCUGGUCUUUUCGCCCGUUCCGGCGCCCAAGCGAUCUCUGGGCGCCAUCAGCGAGGAGUCCUCCAUGGACAUUGGCAAGGAGCUCGAUCGCUAUCAACUGGAGUUGGAGAACAGCAUCAAUGAGGCGAAGCUACGGAAGAAUAGCGUGCUGGUGGAUAGGGAGCUGCCGAGGAAUAGCUUGGAGGUGGAACUGCCUAAGAACACCAAGGUCUCCUUGGUCACGGAGACCAAUACGCAGGAGCUGAUGAUGCAGGAGGUGGUGACGGUGGACACUCAAUUGGAGAGGCGUGUGAUUUGCACCAGACGACGCACACUCACCGAGAUUAGCGAGGCUCCCGAGGUGGAGGAGGACAAGGAGAAGCUGCUCGAGCUGCUCGAGGACCCCGAAACAGAGGUGAUUCUCGAGCAGGAGAAGAUUCUAGAGCAGGAGAUGCUCUUGGAGCGGGAACGACAUUUAACGAGGGAGAAGCAAUUGAAGCAGGAGAAACUCCUCGAGAGGGAAAAACAUUUGGAGCGGGAGAAGCUGCAGGAGCAGCUGCACGAGCAGCUUAGGGAAAAGCUCCAGGAGAGGGCCAAGCAUCUGGAGAAGGAGAAGCUGCAGAAGGAGCUCCUGGAAAGGCAGCUAGAAGAGGAACGGGAAAAGGAACCAGCCGACGGCGAUGUGGCCUAUGCCUCCGAAUCCGACGAUGAGCCCGAUGAUCUAGACUUCAAGGCACCCACGCGCUUCGUCCGCGCCUACAGACCCGCCGCUCUGCCCUCCAAGGCGGCCAGCAAGGAGUCGCUGCAGUCCAUCGGAUCCAGCAAGUCCGCCAAAUCGGCAGAAGUUAAGCCCAGUAUCGGAAUGAAGGGCAUGAUAAGAAAGUCCAUCCGAAGACUGAUGCAUCCCACGUCGCACACUUCACCCGAGGCUAAGUCCGAGGACAAGGAUGGACAUGGACAUGGACAGGGCCAGCAUCACAACAUACUGAAUAGCAUUCGGCACAGCCUGCGCCGGAGGCCCCAAAAGGCGGCCGAGUUGGAGGAGCAGAUGGAGCCCGUUCUCGCCGACGUCUCCAUCAUCGACACCAGCGAACGGACCAUGAAGCUCCGCUCGAGCGUCGCCCAAACCGAGUACAUGACCAUCGAGCAGCUGACCAACGAGAAGAAGCACUCCCUGCGGAACAGCAUUAGGCGGUCCACGCGGGACGUGCUGCGCCAUGUGUUCCACAAGAGCCACGAUGCCUACGCCACCUCCAAGUGAGCAGGUGGCUCCACAGAUCCAAUUUGGGGGCUUGAUUUUUAAGGGCAUUUCUGUAACCUGUUUAUGAUUAUGAUUUUUGAAAGUGUUCACAAAACUGUUGAAAUUACUAAUUGUUAGUAAGUGUGCCGCCCUUUUGAAUUGACCCAAUUAACUUCUUUUCAAUUCGAUUUUUCAGCACCUAGUUAAGUUUUUAAUUGCACCCAAAGAUUGUCACACAAGACCAGGAAAUAGGAAAGGAAAACUUAUUUCAUCUGAAAACCAAAUACAUUUUCAAAUCACCUA